GCUUAGUGUUCUGGCAAACCCCGGAUCUUGCCAGGGCCGGGUGGACCCCGUCCCAGUGCCCUCCCUCACUGCUACCUCCAUGGUUCCUGCCCCUCCAUAUCUUCUCCAGAACCGGACCCUGACUCUUCCUCUCUGAGUCUUACAAUGUGGUUUCAGGAUGCUCCGGUGUCCCGCCAAUGUCUCGCUCGGAACUUUAAAGCAUCUUGGCUGCUGAUGCUAUUGAGUUUGGGCACUGGACGGCAAGGGGGGUUGGCACUGAAUUGCCCCAAGAAUUGUGUGUGUGCCAGCAACAUCAUCAGCUGCUCCAAAGCCGACCUGAAAGUCUUCCCUCACCACCUUCCUCAUUACGCUACUGUCCUGGACUUUAGCCACAAUCAGCUGACCCACCUUCGAGCAGAGUGGACCCCUAUCCAGCUCUCUCAUCUCCAUUCGCUGUUCCUCAGCCACAAUGGCCUUUUCUUCAUCUCCACCGAGGCCUUCAGCAAUGUCCCCCACCUGAAAUACUUGGAUCUCUCCUCCAACGCCAUUGAUAUGCUGGGAGAGAACAUCUUCAGUAAACUGACCGAGCUGGAGGUGCUCCUCCUAUAUAGCAACAAAAUCUCCAAGAUUGACCGCUCAGCUUUUGAUGAUAUGGCCAACCUGCAGAAACUGUACCUUAGCCAUAAUGAGAUCUCCCGCUUCCCCCUGGAGCUGGUAAAAAAAGGAGAUGCCAAGCUUCCCGAAUUGGCACUGCUGGACCUUUCUUUCAACAAGAUCAAGAGCCUGCAGGUGAAGGAGGUUAGUAGGCUCCCGGCCUGGAUGAAGAACGGCCUCUAUGUUCACAGCAACCCUCUCAGCUGCCACUGUGAGCUUUACAACCUUUUCACCCACUGGCAGAAACAGCAGCUAAGCUCAGCUGUGGACUUUGAGGAAGAGCUCCAGUGCUUGGAUCAGACCAAGAAUAAAAACGUCACAAUUUCCAACCUGUAUGAUCCAGAGGGCAUGAACUGCAGUGCCUUCAAGGAGCAAACCCUAGAGUUCCACCGUGGGGACACGGUAACCAUCAAUUGUGAUACCAGGCAACGAGAAGUGACAGUUAAGGAAUGGGUGACACCCCGGUACGAGAACGUUCAACAAGAGGAUGAUAAUAACUCCAUUACUCUGCUGCCAAAUGGAAGCCUUCUGAUAAGUAAUAUCAGCAUAGAGGAUAUGGGUCUGUAUACCUGUCAUGCAGUAAGCCAGGUGUUCAAUGAGACCCUUUACGUACAAGUCACAGUCCAUAACUUUACCCUUCAUGGAGCCCCAGACAUGUUCAACACAGCCUAUACCACACUAGUGGGCUGUAUCCUGAGCGUCAUUCUUGUGCUCAUCUAUCUUUAUCUGACUCCAUGCCGUUGCUGUUGCCGCAGCAAUGAGAAGCAGGCUAACCAACAAGAGGACAGUAUCAACUCUUCAGCGCUCAGCACCACUCCGAAUCACAAUGCUGAAGUGACUGGGGACAAGGAAGGAUUAAAUCGGAACACAGUGCCAAGCAGAGCCCAAGGCCAGAAUGGCAAAUGCAAACCCACCAACUCCCCCAAACCUGCACCCAAAGGAGUCCAGAAGAGCUUAGUGAAAAGGGAAUUAAAUCCAAAGAUUUUAGACUUCAGAGCACCAAACUGCAAGAAAGAACCAACAGCCUUGGGAACUGGUAAGCUGGAAUUCAGAAUCCCUAUCUUGCUUUCUCUAAAAUGCAGCAACAACAAGAACACAACAUGGCUGGAUGCAGAUCUACUGCCUUCCCCUUUCAGCAUUGGCAGCUUAAUAGUUAGAUUCCAGUUACAGAUUAUGGUCAAAUUACAUCAAAUUUUAGCACAUCUCCUCAUCCUUUCAGAACUUCAGCAAGACUAUGGCAGGCUAUGUAGCUCCAGAACUAUUUGAUGCCUCAUCAUCUUCAGCCAAGUUUUUCUCAUGUUCAUUUAGGAGGCCAAACAUGUUCCAGAUGUUUGGGGGCAAGGGGGAAUUUUAUGAGCCAUUCUAUUUUAGCAGGAGCCAUGCAACACAGCUUUGUAAUAUGUAGAUAGGAUCAAUUCUAGCUGAAGAGCUUUUUCUGGAAGCUGCUUCUACAGACUUUGAACAUCCUCCUAAAACAAACAACAUUCAGCCUGACACUUAUCUAACUGUUUGAUUAUUUUUUAAAAAAUCCUUCCUCCCUAUGUUUAGAUUGGCUUUUCCUCCCAAGGGGUGGAAUAUAGAAAUAACAAAGAUAUAAGAAGAUUGUUUUCACAAUAUGGUGAUGCUUCAGUCCACAUUCUCUUUAUGGGGUGAAAUCAUCCAAGCUAAGAAUGUAUCUUGUUCCUAAUACCAUUUCUCAGGUUCCCCCCCCCCAAAAAAAAACCCCUGAAUGUUGCCUAUCCUUACCAGUUCAGAGUGUUCCCUUUAUUAUAGAUGGACUUGGGAAGGCUAUGGAGUCAUAAGAAGGAAUUCAUUAAAGGAACAUUCCUUAACAUACUGCAAAGAAUUUCAUUUGCUCUGGAUUCAGAAUCUAUUGCUAGUUACAAAUUAUUGGUUGUUUCUGGAUAGAGAAGGACAGAAGAAUAUAGUAGACAUAUAUAACAUAAUAAGCCAUAGAGUGUUUUGCACAAAGCUGUGAAUGGAUCCAAUUACCGCCCUUAAAGACCAAACAGCCAUAGCAAGUGUGAUCAUAGUACCAAGGCUCUGCCAUCAGUUUAUAUGGGAAUUAAACUAGGGCUGCUGGAGCUCAAAGUGAUCCUUAAAUCAGAAAAGCUAAUCCCCUCACUUUAUCUAUUUAGAAAUAUGUCUUAAGUCACACUUAGCUUCUGGUGAUUUCAUGGAUAUGUCCAUUCUUUUUGGCAACCAUAUGAAAGUGGUUUCCAUUGCUUUUGCCACAAUGUUUUUUUUUUUAACUUCUCAUCUAACUUAAAGUUCUAGGAGUUCCUAGUAAUCUCCCAUCCAAGUACUAACCAGGUCCAGUUGUGUUUUCAAGAUAAAUCAAGAUUCGCUAAGUGCUGACAUCUACUAUAAACUUUCACCUAUUACUUCUGGGAUUACCCAACAUUUCUUUCUUAGUAUAUUAGGAGGAAUGAAACCUCAAAAGAAAUAGGCCAGCGUUUCUCAACGUUCGUGUGACGGCAACCCCCGCAUGCGCAGUGGCGCCCCCAUGCGCGGCGUGCAUGUGUGGUGGCGCCCCCUGAGGGGAGAAAAUGGCAGAUCGCAUUGUUUGGCGACCCCCGUAAAAUGGUCGAUCAACCCCAAAUGGGGUCGUGACCCAUAGGUUGAGAACCGCUGAAAUAGGCCAUCAAAAAAACAUAUCUGCAGACUCACAAAAAAAUUGGGUUAGGAAAGGAUGAUUUUUAUUUAAAAAAAAAAUAAAAGAAUGGCAUGGGUGAUGGUGAGCACAGAGAAAGUUUAGCAAUAAUGAACUAGAAAUGACCAAUUUUUAUAAAUCUGUUCAUGUGGAAUCUUGGCAAUUUUCAUGUUCAGGAUUUCCUCUCUUCUGGACUUUGCAGUAGGCUAAUUUCCUAAAAUUCCCAGAAAAUUAGACUUAAAAGCAAGAUAAGAACAGAUUAAAGACUAGUGCUAUGGAAAGAAGGAAGAAGAAAGAAGAACCUUGCACUAGAAUGUUAUAGGUUACAUUUUUUGUCAUGUUAUGACUUAAUUUAAUUUAUUGGAAUACAUGCCAUUCAGAAGGAAUUUAGGAGUGGGAGAACUCCCUUGGUACCUAAUUGUCAUAUGUAUGGAGAAAGUUUUGUAGCCUGAAUGCCAUAGAUCUAAGUUAAGAAAUGAUUAAAAUGCAGAAAUAUAUAAUACAGGAGCACAGCUUAAUCUCAGUGUAAUAACCUUUGCACAAAUAUUUGCACUGGAUACAUCAGGACCAGCUCUAUCACAUUCAGAAUAUACGUUAUCCCAUUUGAUGGAAGGGAUGCUUUAAGUAUUCUCUACUUUGCCUGGCCACUGGAAUUUUUUAAAAUCACAAGACAAAGAUUUUCCUUGCCCUGGUGUCUCAGCUCCAUUAACUAGAAAUACCAGGGACCAAACGAGGGGCUUUAUGUUCCUAACAGCUGCUCAGCCUCCAAUUUUGAUUGAAUAUUGCUGAAUGAAGACAGAAUGAAAGCCUGGACUAAAGUGAGAAUGUAAAAACAACCGAAAGAUGUUUCAUGAUGCAUUUGUGUGUGCAAGUAUGAAUUUGCAUGUGUGGGUGUCCACACUUUUAAUCCCUGCUCUAGUUCUCAAUAUUUGCUAGAAAAAGUACUUAGGCAGGACUGUCAUUUCUAACCAUUUUUUAGGAAAAUAUACAUCAACCGAUAGGGUUUUCUUGCAUGAAAACUUUGAUUUAGCAAAAUUAAAAUAGCCAUAUACACCUUACUAUUGUUGGAGUACGUCCUCUUCAUGUCUUCCUGGUAAGCUUGAUCCACCAAAGAGAUCACAAAAACUACUUUAAGAAACCAAACAUUCCUUUACUACAUAAGAUGAGCAUGAUCCUCCCAGUGGUGAAUUUUAUCCUGCACAGAGAAAUUCAUCAGGCUGUGAGGCAGAAAGUUUUAGACACCAACAUAUGUAAUGUGGACAGUAUUUAAGUAAAAUAACCAGUAGAACAGCAUGUGAUCUUAAAAAAUGGAGCUCAUUACUGUUCUCUCCUAGAGCCUCUUGGUUCAAGCAUCCCUUAUCACUAGCAGUAAAUAAGCAAAAGGAAGUAGGUCAUUUUUCCACCUCAUAACCUUGGUUAUAAUAUCAGUAUAUAGAAAAUAGUAUUUCCUCCUAUCUCCUCUGUGGUUAAUCUUGUUUUGAUGUUGAUUCCUGUACCAUUAACUCUAACCUGGAGGUAAUACUUAGUAAUCCCUACCUAGUAUUUGUAAUCUGAAUGUAUCAAGGAUACUGACUUCAAAUAAAAUUAAUUCUAUAUUAUUUAAAUUUUCUCACACUAACCAGAAAAUGAUUCGGAACCAAAGAGUAGAAACAGCUAUCCUCUUAUGUCCAGAUCAACCCAGCUCCCAUUUUCCCUGCUUGGUUAAGACAAGUGAACAUAGCUGAUUUAGAAGAGAAAGCUGACUCACUGAUGGAUAAAGCACCAUACUGAUAAUUGCUAAGUGGCUUUUUACAGUACUCUGCCUGUAUGGGUAGGAAAAGAAAUCACCUACAAGAUUUUCCUGUGUAAACUAUUGGGCUAAAGGAAGGAUCUAUCCACAUUUCAAGUAGUGUCAGAACUUUUUGUUUCAUCAACUCUCCUGCUUGUACCUAUUGUCUGUGUGCAGUCUAAAUGCAAUUUGUCUCUAUAUUACAGUGGCAGAAAAGGACACUCCCCUUCAGCACUUUGUUUCGUACCCAAAGGAUCAUAUAUAUAUAUAUAUAUAUAUAUAUUGGAAAUACAGAUCUAUUAUGGCUGAGGCAUCUGGAGUUACUUUUUAAUAGCAGCAAAUGUUUGGUGCUAACUGCAAAGAAUCCAUUUCUCUCUUGGCUGAACUUUCUGGCUUGCUGAACAAGAGAGAGUAGCUAGAUUUGUACAUCACACUAAGCCAUAAUUAAGUUGCUCUUGUUUUGGUUUAGCAUAUUGUAUAAAUCCAACCACUGCUUUGUAAACCAUGGGUUUUGGCUCAGAAGGCCAACCACUAUGGUUUAUUUAGUAAGCGAUGGUUAAACAAAUCAAGAUGUGUAGCAUGAUCUGUGAACUUAUGUUAGCACAUUAUCUCCAAAUCCAUAAUCUGUCAUAUGCUCCUAAAAGCAAGCAAAAAAUAAAGUCUUUACCCACUUAGUUUCACCUUCUUGCUUGCUCAAUAGUGGUUACUCUCUUUAAGAGUCUGCUAAAUUGUAGCAAUGUUAAGCCUUUUCAGAUUUAUUUAUUUAUACUUGUACUUCAAAAACCUUUGUUUUAUUUGCUACUUCCUUUGUACCGUCAGAAAAAAAUAUUCCAUAAAAAUUGAAGAAUGGACUUCAAA